AUGCCUGGCGAAGUCAUAACGGAGCCAAACCCAAAACCUCAACCUUCACAUUUGCCCGAUUAUUUGAACAAAUUAAGUGUAACUUUGGAACAUGCAAAUAGAGAUUUGGAUGAUAAUGCCUGCGAUUCCUUGUUCAAAUUCCGCCGAGCAGCUUCAUACAUCGCCGCAGCUAUGAUAUUUCUUAAAAAAAACAUUCUCUUGAAAGAAGACCUUGAAUUUGAUCACAUCAAACCUCGAUUACUUGGGGCCACAGGUCACUGGGGAACAUGCCCAGGCCUCAUUUUGGUCUAUUCUCAUUUGAACUAUAUCAUCCGGGAAAUGGACCUAGACAUGUUGUACAUUGUCGGUCCAGGACACGGUGCACCGGCUAUUCUAGCCGCAUUGUGGCUAGAGGGCUCGUUGGAGAGGUUUUACCCCGAAUACUCGCGCAAUAACCAAGGUCUUCACAAUCUAGUUUCGAAUUUCAGUACACCAUCUGGAUUCCCUAGCCAUAUCAACGCCGAAACCCCCGGUGCUAUCCAUGAGGGCGGAGAGCUUGGCUAUGCUCUCGCUGUAUCUUUUGGUGCUAUCAUGGAUAAGCCUGAUCUGAUUGUGCCCUGUAUUGUCGGUGAUGGAGAAGCCGAGACCGGCCCUACUGCUACGUCCUGGCAUGCAAUUAAGUACAUUGACCCCAAUGAAUCAGGUGCAGUCUUGCCAAUCCUGCAUUUGAAUGGGUUCAAGAUCAGCGAACGCACUAUCUUUGGAUGUAUGGACAACAAGGAACUUGUGGCUCUCUUCAGUGGAUACGGCUACCAAGUGCGAUUCGUAGAAGACAUAAAUGAUAUAGAUACAGAUCUGCACUUCUCUAUGGUAUGGGCUGUGGAAGAGAUUCAAAGGAUUCAAAAGGCUGCUCGCUCGGGUACACCGAUCUUCAAGCCAAGAUGGCCAAUGUUGAUCUUGCGGACCCCUAAGGGCUUGUCUGGGCCAAAAGAGCUUCAUGGUCGGUUUAUAGAGGGCUCUUUCCAUUCCCACCAGGUUCCUUUGCCAAAAGCCAAAUCGGAUCAAGAAGAACUUGGCCUCCUGCAAAAGUGGCUUUCGAGCUAUAAGCCACAAGAGCUCUUCACUUCAAACGGUGAUAUCAUUGAUGAAAUUAAGUAUGUUAUUCCCAACGAUGACACCAAGAAGCUCGGUCAGCGUAUUGAGAGCUACAAUGGCUAUGUAGCUCCAAAUUUGCCAGAUUGGAAAUCCUUCAGUCUGCAGAAGGGCUCGCACGAGAGUGCCAUGAAAUCAAUUGGCAAUUUCAUCAAUCAGACAUUUGUGAAAAACCCAAAGAGCGUGCGGCUAUUCUCGCCAGACGAACUGGAAAGUAAUAAACUUGAUGCAGCUUUCGAUUCAACGAGCCGCAAUUUCCAGUGGGACGAGUUUGCCAAUGCACGUGGUGGCCGUGUCAUUGAGGUCCUCAGUGAACACAUGUGUCAGGGAUUCAUGCAAGGUUAUACCUUAACUGGCCGAAUUGGAAUUUUCCCAUCCUAUGAGAGCUUCCUUGGUAUCAUCCACACAAUGAUGGUGCAAUACUCCAAGCUCAUCAAAAUGGCAAUGGAAACGAAAUGGCACUCUGGGGUCAGCAGCAUCAACUACAUCGAAACAAGUACCUGGACACGCCAAGAGCACAAUGGUUUCUCCCACCAAAACCCAUCGUUCAUCGGCUCCGUUUUGAAGUUAAAACCAACUGCAGCUCGGGUGUACUUGCCACCAGAUGCGAACACAUUCCUGACCACUCUUAGCCAUUGUUUAGGCUCGAAGAACUAUGUCAACUUAAUGAUAGGCUCAAAGCAGCCCACACCAGUUUACCUGAGCCCCGAGGAAGCUGAGAACCAUUGUCGCGCUGGAGCCUCGAUCUGGAAGUUCUGCAGUACGGAUGACGGAAUCAAGCCGGAUGUCGUGCUGGUUGGUAUCGGUGUCGAGUUGAUGUUUGAAGUAAUUGCGGCAGCAGCAUUUCUGCGUAGGCUUGCACCAGAGUUGCGAGUCUGUGUGGUCAAUGUAACUGAUUUAAUGAUCCUCGACAAUGAGAAUUUGCAUCCACACGCUCUGUCUACAGAGGCCUUUGAUACGCUUUUCACGUCAGACAAACCUAUCCACUUCAACUAUCAUGGCUAUCCUACUGAGCUGCAGGGCUUGCUUUUCGGACGCCCGAAUCUUGACCGGAUCUCUGUCUCGGGAUAUAUCGAGGAAGGUAGUACUACUACUCCUUUUGACAUGAUGCUUGCCAACCGUGUAUCGCGAUUCCAUGUUGCUCAGAAUGCUCUCCGUGGGAUAGCAAAGUCAAACGAGAAGGUCCGAGUUCGCCAACAGGAGCUCAAUUCUGAGAUCGAAAAACAAAUUGUCCAAAUCAGGAAGUACAUAUUGACAAACCACAAAGAUCCCGAUGAUAUCUACGAUACACCAAAGUUUGAAUAG